UCCCCGUCUCCGCUCCCAGGGAUAUGUAAUUCUGUGUCAUGCAUCUCCAGGAGAGUUGAUCUGGGGUGGGGAGAUUCGGCGGGGAAGAGAGCGACUGAGGAAGGGAAGGUGGUGUCUUGUGACACAGCUCAUUGUCGAAGUUCAGGUUCCCAGUGGCUCUGAACACCGGGCGCUUGUCCCCCCCGUGACUCAUUAUGACAGGCGCGCUGUGUGCCAGCGGCUCCCAUUCGUAGAUUGAAUUACCAUCCUAUUCAGCUGACACAAAGCAGUUCCUGGCCGGCUCGGGCAGCCCAUGAAUAAGUAAAUAGCCUUCCAGCCGGGUGCUGAGCACAAACAUCCGAGGCUCAGAAAGGCUGGCGUCCACGGGGACAGGAAGGGGGACUGGCGGGGACGCCUGGACCAGUCUGUCUGGUCCACUAGACCACUGAUCUCCGGUGCCUUCUUGGAAAUGACCCGCCACACCUGAAGCCUGCAGGUGCUGAGGCCACAUUCGACCAGACCCAAGCUUUGGGAGACCCCUGGGGAAAUUUCCCACUUCCUGUCCUGAGACCAGGAACUCAGCAGAGAAACUUUGUGGAAAAUGAACUGAAGGAUGCCACCCAGGGAGAGCAUCGCCUGAGAUCCCAUCAUGCAGGCCUUCCCACAAGGGCCCAGCAGCAUGACAAGGUGAAGGCAGAGUAUGUGCAUCUCAACCACCCACUCACCCUCUUGACCAGAGAGCGCGAUUUGGCCUUGAAGGAGAAACACCAGCUCCAAGCCAAGCUGGAGAACCUAGAACAGGUCCUGAAGCAUAUGCGAGAGGCGGCUGAACGGCGGCAGCAGCUGGAGUUGGAGCAUGAGCAGGCCCUGGCUGUUCUCAGCGCCAAGCAGCAGGAAAUUGACCUUCUGCAGAAGGCUCAGGUUGAGGCUAAGAAGGAGCAUGAAGGCGCAGUGCGGCUGCUAGAGAACACCUUGGACAGCAUGCAGUCCAAGGUUCGAGAGCUGGAAGAGAAAUGCCGGACUCAAAGUGAGCAGUUCAACCUGCUGUCCCGGGACCUGGAGAAGUUCCGGCAGCACGCUGGGAAGAUUGACCUGCUGGGUGGCAGCACGGUGGCCCCCCUGGAUGUCUCCACGGCCCCCGGCAAGCCUUUCCCGCAGUUCGUGAAUGGCCUAGCCACCUCCCUCGGCAAAGGUCAAGAGAGCGCUAUUGGAGGCGGCUCUGCGAUCGGUGAAUAUAUCCGGCCCCUUCCACAGCCUGGUGACAGUCCGGAGCCUCUGCCCGCCAAGCCCACCUUUCUGUCGAGAUCCGGUAGCCCAAGAUGCAGAUCUGAGUCAGACAUGGAGAAUGAACGGAAUUCCAAUACCUCAAAGCAGAGAUACUCGGGGAAGGUCCACCUCUGCGUUGCCCGCUAUAGCUACAACCCCUUCGAUGGACCGAACGAGAACCCCGAAGCCGAGCUGCCCCUCACGGCGGGAAAAUACCUCUACGUCUAUGGAGACAUGGAUGAGGAUGGGUUCUAUGAAGGAGAGCUCCUCGAUGGCCAGAGGGGUCUGGUGCCCUCCAACUUCGUGGACUUUGUGCAGGACAACGAGUCGCGGCUGGCAAGCACGCUGGGGAACGAGCAGGAUCAGAACUUCAUCAACCAUUCUGGCAUCGGCCUGGAGGGAGAGCACAUCCUGGACCUCCACUCCCCAACCCAUACGGACGCGGGCAUCACUGACAACAGUGCCGGGACCCUGGACGUGAACAUCGACGACAUCGGAGAAGACAUCGUGCCUUACCCUAGAAAAAUCACCCUUAUCAAACAACUCGCCAAAAGUGUUAUUGUGGGCUGGGAGCCCCCGGCGGUGCCACCAGGAUGGGGAACCGUGAGCAGCUACAACGUCCUGGUGGACAAGGAGACGCGCAUGAACCUCUCCCUGGGGAGCAGAACUAAAGCCCUCAUCGAGAAGCUCAACAUGGCAGCCUGCACCUACCGCAUCUCCGUGCAGUGUGUCACCAGCAGGGGCAGCUCGGACGCGCUGCAGUGCACGCUGCUGGUGGGCAAGGACGUGGUGGUGGCCCCCUCCCACCUGCGGGUGGACAACAUCACGCAGAUCUCCGCCCAACUCUCCUGGCUGCCCACCAACAGCAACUACAGCCACGUCAUCUUCCUCAACGAGGAGGAGUUCGACAUCGUCAAGGCCGCCAGGUACAAGUACCAGUUCUUCAAUCUCAGGCCCAACAUGGCCUAUAAGGUGAAGGUUCUGGCCAAACCCCACCAGAUGCCGUGGCAGCUCCCGCUGGAGCAAAGGGAGAAGAAGGAGGCCUUUGUGGAGUUCUCCACGUUGCCUGCAGGCCCCCCAGCACCCCCACAAGAUGUCACUGUCCAGGCUGGGGCAACCCCCGCCACCAUCCGGGUCUCCUGGAGACCACCCGUGCUGACGCCCUCCGGGCUGUCCAACGGCGCAAACGUUACCGGCUACGGCGUGUACGCCAAAGGGCAGAGGGUGGCUGAAGUCAUCUUCCCCACGGCAGACAGCACGGCCGUGGAGCUCGUGCGGCUGCGGAGCCUGGAGGCCAAGGGCGUGACCGUGCGGACCCUCUCCGCCCAGGGCGAGUCCGUGGACUCUGCAGUUGCUGCCGUUCCCCCCGAGCUCCUGGUGCCUCCUACCCCCCACCCAAGACCUGCACCCCAAUCAAAGCCAUUAGCAAGUUCUGGAGUCCCCGAUACCAAAGACGAGCGCCUGGGUCCCCACGCCAGGAUGGACGAGGCCUGGGAGCAGAGCCGUGCACCUGGCCCUGUGCAUGGGCACACGCUGGAGCCGCCCGCAGGCCCCGGAAGGCGGUCGCCCUCACCCAGCCGCAUCCUGCCGCAGCCGCAGGGCACCCCAGUGUCCACCACCGUCGCCAAGGCCAUGGCCCGGGAGGCCGCACAGAGGGUGGCUGAGAGCAGCAGGUUAGAGAAAAGGAGCGUCUUCCUAGAGAGAAGCAGCGCAGGGCAGUAUGCCGCCUCGGAUGAGGAGGACGCCUACGACUCCCCAGACUUCAAGAGGAGGGGCGCCUCGGUGGACGACUUCCUGAAAGGCUCUGAACUCGGCAAGCAGCCGCACUGUUGCCAUGGAGACGAGUACCACACGGAGAGCAGCCGGGGGUCUGACCUCUCAGACAUCAUGGAGGAGGACGAGGAGGAGCUGUAUUCUGAAAUGCAGCUGGAAGAUGGGGGAAGGAGGCGUCCCAGCGGCACGUCCCACAAUGCCCUCAAGGACUGCACUGAGCAUAGAACCUCUGAAGGCACUUUCUGGGAGCCCGAGUUUCCCCACCAGCCCCACAGGAAGAGACUUUUCAGUAUCCCCGAAGUAGCGGAAGAGGAUGGAGAGUGCUGCGGGCUGCUGCACAAACAGGGUGCAGGGCCGUCCCCCAGGGCCAGGACGGGGCUGGCCAGAGAGACCAGGCCCGGCCGGCCCUGCAGGGGUGAUGAGGCCCCUCGGGGCUCCUGGUUCCCGGUGAAGCACAGGGGCUCAGGGGCCGUCCCCCACGCGGAGGAUUUCCUUCUGGAAGACAGGGGCUGUCGGUUCAGCCGCUCGGCCACCCGGAGCCCGGACAGCGGCCUGGACUGUGGGAGUGAAGAGGAGGAGUCACGGUUUGGCUUUGGAAACACCGUGGCCACGUGCAGCCCAGGCCCUGGCCACUGUCCCUGCAGGAGGGGCCUGAGGCCGCUGCUGGCCCGGCGGCGGACGCUGACCCGGCAGAGCAGCGUCGAGGAGGACUUUGGGGAGCAGGUGGGCCCCGGUGGCGUCCUCAGGAACGACGACCCCCAGCCCAGCCCGGAGAGGCCGCUCCCCAGGAAGCACUGCUGGGGCCAGCCCGCCGAGCACCAAGAUUUUCGGGGUGUCUGGAAGAAAAGCGUAACCAUGCCCGACAGUAGGGCAGCUGCCCCCCACGCAAAGCCACCUCCCAGAGUCGCACAAGGCCCCCUGCUGCGGAGCAUGUGGCUGCUUACGCCAUCUCAGCAUGAACACAAUUUUAGGAGUAGCAUUUUCUGCUAAGCACAGAACCCUCUGUUAUUUAUGGCAAAAAAGAAGGCAGGAACAGCACAAGAUAAAUGAAAGCUAUUUGUAAGUAUUCUUGAAAUAUCAAAUUGGCCUUCUACAUCCAUGUUCUCCCCGCUGAUUUGUUCCUGGAGAGUUUCACAGGGUAAGCACUGAAGGGACCACUUGUGUUGCCUCCCUCGUCCUGGCAUGGGCUCCCUGGGACACUCAGGAUCAGAGCCCGUGGCAGGUGCAGAAGCUGGAUGUCAGCGUGCCUCGGGGGUCCGUGAGCCCCGCCAGAGGGAACGCUGUCUGUCUGCAGAAGACACACGGGCAGCAGAGCUAAGUCCUGGGGGACACCGUGCAGCUGUGUGCGCCCCUGAAGUGCGUGCUCCCCACAUCCAUCUGGGCACCUCCCCUGCUCAUGAGCCAUCAUCGGGCAUUCUGUUUCCAUUCUCUUCCUGACAUUCUGGAAUUCAGCCAGCCGUGCUGAAAGCUAUCGUUUUAGCCAUCCUCAUCAAUCCGCGGAGGGGGAUACUUCUAUUAUUGGAAUCAAUCAUGGCAAGGAGAAUUCCAAAAAGUAUUAUGCAUAAGAUAAUGGAAGCUGGUCAUCAGCAUAGAGGAACCAGGCUUCUGUGAACACACACACACACACACACACACGCGCGCGCACACACACACACACAUGCAAGGAGAACUCUUGAUACCACAGAAGUAGAUGAGGAGAAACCGUCUUGGUUUGGCAUGACAGGGCUCAGGGAGGAUAACUUCCGGAUCGUCUAGGCCCCUGAAAAGCCACCUGGAAUCUCACUGAAAUAGCUGAAGUUUAAAAGGCAACUGGUCUUCUUUUCCAUCAACUCAAAAUGAAGACAGGCUUCAUGAAGCAAAUAGAUUUUUUAAAUUGUGUCCUGCCAAACUUUUUCUUCCUUGUACAAUUCAAACAGUAAGACAAAAAAAAUUUCCUUUUCCAUCUUUACAGUUUUUAGAUUGUUUUUAUCUUUAACCAGUAAAAAUUCCAUGCAGUGUUAAAGAUCCGUAGGCAAUAGUAUUUUCAGUUAACUGAAUAAUAAAAGAUGCAGUCAGGAUCAGAGAACCUUGAUGGUCGUACUACAGAUCAACUAGCAGGGUUAGUGGAGCCCAGAUUCCUUUCGGGUGUUCUAAACCUACUGCGUGUCUCUCAAAUCUUCAUUCACUUUGUGUCCCUCCGGAGGAACUACGGAGCUUAACAAAUAGGUUCUCCUGGCUUUCGUGUUAAAUGGCCUGUCCGAGAUGUCCUGUCUUGAGAAACGCGGUGGGGAAAAGGCCACUCCUCCUGUUCAAGGCUCUCUUUCUCUCUCUCUGGUGAGGGUGAGUUUUCGAGUCUUCACAUGAUGGUAACUUUAAUGAGUGAAAUGACCUGGUGAUGGGGUAGCCAGUGACAAGUUAAUGCUGUGGCCAUUCAGAAAGGACGUCCUUUGGAAGAGGCAUGCUGAGUCUUCCCUUCCAAUCUCCUAGGACUGAGAACUGAAAAUUGGGCUGUGACAAAUCAGCACUUGAGACAGGAAGUCCAAGAAAACCAAUCCUGGGCCUGCAGUCUUGCCAGGGUGACCCUCGCUGUCAGAGUCGCAGGUGACAAUUUGGCUGGAUUUUUCUGCAGCUGUGGAGUUCCAAAGGCUGCAUAUGUGUCUUAAUUUCAGGAGGACACUUGUUAAAUUGGGCAAAAGAGCAAAUCUAUGUCAACACCUUAACAAGGAAAAAGCCUCUGAACAUAACUCGGAAAAGAGUUAACUGACAAACCUAUGAGAGGUUUGCUUUAAUUGUGCUGACUUCUUAUCACGUAGCCAGCCAGGAAACCACGUAAAAAUAAACAAAAACCAGACACUUUAUACACAAACACACAUCUCAGCACCUAUGGUGGUUUCAAAAGGAAACAGAAGUGGUGGGUGCUUAUCACCCACCUGAGGAGGCGGCCCUGGCAAAGAGCCUUGGGAAAUGAACAUCAGUGACAGCUGAACAGACAGGAUGUUCCUCUAGUUCUCAUUUACUUAAUUGUAUUUUUCUUGUGAAAACAUUAGAGAACAAUAUUUUAGAAAUCUGCUACAUUUCAAAAGCAUUACUUUUCUUUUUCAGAGGAAAUUAAGUCUGUAAACCAUAUACUUCCUAUUUUUAAUAAGCAGUGGACCUACAACAAAAAAUAAUAUAAUAGGUUCUCUGGAUUUCCAAAAUUUAAAAAAUGUCCUUCAUGAUUAAAAAACAAAAUUAUGUAGCUUCCUAUCUAAUAAAUUCUAAACCACACAAUUAGCAUAAAGAGGUCUCAACGCUGAUAGAUGUCUUCGUAGAUAUACUUAAUUAGGUUUGGUUUUUUCCUUUAUAAUUUUUGGUCUUUGCAUUUAUCUAGUUGUCGACCUGUCAGACAGAAGGCCUGCAGAUUCACCCUUUUGAAACCGAAGCACUAUGUUUAAGAGGAUUCUAUUCUUAGGAAUCAACUCUGAAUAUCUUCUCUGUAGUCUCCCAUUUUUUUUGUUAUUUGUUAUUUUGGCUACUGAGCCUACAAAGUGAGGAAAGUACAGCACAUUUUCUUCGUGUUCAGGGAGGAAAAAUAAAUUAACUCUAUUGACAAAGCUUUGCCCCUUAAAAAGGAGAGCCUUUUCUUCAGGUUUCCCUGCAAGAAAAAAAAAAAAAAUCAAAAGCUGUCAACUCUGUUUAAUAGAUGAUUCCCUUUAUCUCCACAGAAAUUACAAUGGACAGUAGCAGGGAGGGCGGUCGAUCUGGGCCAGGUAGUGAGGGAAACCUCUCUCCUGUAGAAAACGGUGCUUAUUCUCACGGCACCGGUGGCUUUGGGAGGCCACCCAGGCGGCCAGGCAUGAGCCCUGAUCUCCCACAUGAUAUGCACACCCUUCCUCCUAGCAGACCCCUUGGGCCAGCACGCUUCCUCAGCAGGACGGGAGGCAGUGCCCACUGCCCCCAGGGUCAGACGGACAGCUGCAGGUAAGUGCUGCUUUCAGUCUCGCCUGCCACCAAGGACAAGGGACCCCCAGUGGCCCAGUCCAGCCUGCAGUGAAGCCAAGUUUCCACGGACACAUUCCAGGGAGGCCGCUGCUCUCUCCCUGUUGAGGUCCGGUGCUCAUAACACAUCCAGUGCGUCCUCUCUGGAGGAGCGGACGGUGGAGUCACCGCAAACACACGACUUUAUUCACAUACAUUCAACUCCAAGUGCUCCGCCCACCUCUACCCCACACCUGUCUUCCCCCAACACAACGUGACACUGGGCAGUUCUCUGAAAGGAGCCUUCGUCGGGGGACUGGCCUCAGGCAGCUCUGUGUUGGGGUGUCUGCCUAGAUGCCUCCCGUGGUGUGGCCAGUUGCAUGGUGCAUGUGAGUUUGGACUUGAAGACAAAAUGAUGUGUUUUUGCAGAUCAUGGUCCUUGACUAUAAGCCACUUACUGAGAAAACGCACUCUUCCCUAGGCUCUAGGAGGGACUGGAAAGAUUUUCAAGGGGGAUGUUGACCACCCCCAACUCUCUCUAGGCUCUGACCAUAGCCCCUCACCCCUCUGCACGUUUUGAUGCCACAAACUUGCCACAUAAACUCAGCUGGAAAGUGCUGAGAACUUGCUUGGAAAACGCCGUAGCCAGAGGUUCUCCUCCACCGGCAUUUUUCCGCACCUGGAACUGCAUUCACUAGAUCACACUGACAUGGUCAUUCAGUUCCUCCAGCAGAAUGGAAAGCACAUCCUUCUCACGCAGCCACAGCUGUUCUCCACCAUCAUCCCUGGGUGCGAGAAAGGGCUGCACAGUUGUGCCCGCUGUAGAGGCCACGGAACGCUUCACAUUCUGUUGAACUCGGAUACCACCUGAAACCAGAAAAAACGUCAUCAGGUUUUUUCACUGACUAUCCACAAAAUCAAAAUAGCAUGGAGAAAUUAAUGAAGCCUGCUGUGGAAAAGUUUUGUUCCCUGGCAGAAAUUACAUUUUAGAUUAGGCAUUCAAAAAAGACUCUACAUCUCAAUAGUGUAAACAAUUUAUUACAUUUUAAAAUUCAACGUUUCCUGCAGCCAAAACGCUUUUUGUUUUUAGACUACGUGUUUCAUUUUUUUCUGGUGAAAGAGGCUGAUCCGUUUGGUUCUUUCUCUACCACCUGUCCUGUCUUUUCCACAUACCUGUGUCCUCUCGUCCCACCACCUGUGUUCCUCGUGCUGGGACCGAAGCUCCCGCUGGGCUGCCUCUCCCAAUCCUGCGCUCUCUGCUGCCAGCUGGCGUCUUUCUCACUCGCUUCCGUGACGGUGUUCUGAGACCACCUCCCAGGAUCAGACCAAUAUUAUCUGUUGGUUCCCUCUCCCCCGCCUUCUCUCUCCAUACAUAUAUGCACACAUAUAUCUAAUGUUCAGUGAUACAUAUGUAUAUAUAUGCAUAUGUAUUAGGAUUUCC